AUGUCGCGCGCGCUCCUGACGCGCGCGACGCGCGCGAUCGCGCGAUCGCGCGCGCGGACGUGCCACGACCAAAUCGCGCUCGACGUGCCGCCGUCGAGCGUCGUGACGGCGAGCGAUAAGUUUUGGUUCGACACGAACGGGUUUUUGAUUUUACGAAACGCGUUCGAUAAAUCGGCGAUACGCGCGAUGAACGCCGCGAUCGACGCGCGAAUCGACGAUCCGACGAUCGAGCGCAAGGGGAACCUUCGGCUGACGAAGCGAGGCGGACCGCUGAGCGGCGACGGGACGACGGGGCGGAAAGACGUGGCGGGAUUUUUGGGGUGGCCGAGGGGCGAGCGCGAGGCGUUUCGAGACGUGCUGACGCACGAGAGGCUGGUGCCGUACCUGCACGAGUUUUGCGGGCGAGGGUACAGGUUGGAUCAUAAUCCGCUGUGCAUCGCGCAGGAUCCCGGGGCGGAGGGAUUCGAGUUUCACGGAGGGAGCGCGACGGAGGACGGACGGUGGAACUGGCCGCUGGCGUACGCGGUGGAGCAGGGGCAGAUUCGGUGUAAUCUACUGGCGGUGGCGGUGCCGCUGACGGACGUCAAGGAGGGCGAGGGGGGGUUCGUCAUCGUGCGCGGGUCGCACAAGAGUCGGUUUCCGGCGCCGGCGGCGGUGAAGCGGUACGAGGACGGGCCGGAGCACGGGUACGCGCCGGCGCUCAACGCGGGCGACGCGGUGCUGUUUAGCGAAGCGACAACGCACGGGACGCUGGCGUGGAAGGGGAAGUCCCAGAGAAGGACGCUGAUUUAUCGCUUCUCGCCCGCGACGAACGCGUACGGACGCGGGUACUCGCCCGAGUGGCCGGAAAACUGGACGGAUGGGAUGACGCCGGCGCAACUGGCGACGCUGCAGCCGCCGUAUCAUCCGCGAUUGGAUCGCGACGCAGUGGCGGACGAUGGGAUCAACGUCAUCAAACCCGCGGCGCGCGAGACGUUCAAGGUGGAAUUCGACGAGAAAAUUUUCAAGUCAAAGUAUUUUUAG